CCCCAACUGGCUAUUGCCUGGUUUGAGAACCAAAUUUGAAAUUUCAAAGGAGGGAAAACACUGUCGACUCCAUUUUCUCCAGACAACCCAAGAUCUGAAGCAGAUACGGAGGAUUUUCACCAUUUCAAUUUGUUUCCCCCCCAUAAGUCUCUGAUAAUUGUUGUGUUAGCCCUAAGUUCACGGAAGCAGAAGAAUGGCGGAAACCCUAAGCCCUAACCCCAAGCUGAGAGCCCCGUUCUCUCCAACCAGCCCGUUUUUCCUCGGCUCCAAUGACGACAACAUCGAACGCGCUCAGGCACGCGCAGCUCGGGCAGCCGCCAUCCGCCGCAAGCCAGUCGUCGCUGCUCCUCCCCCGGCUGCCAGUUCAUGUCUCGACAAGAAGCAAAUCUUCGAACUCUUCCAAAAUUGCAUCAAACUUGCCAGCGAAAAUAAAAUUAAUCAAAAGAAUACUUGGGAGCUGGGUCUGAUAGACCAUCUUCGCGAUAUUAUUAAAGCAGAAGAAGAGAAUGAUGCCGAGACUAACUUUCAAAAGGCAAGUUGUACUCUUGAAGCUGGAGUUAAGAUUUACUCCAUGAGGGUGGAUUCGGUUCAUUCUGAGGCAUACAAAGUCCUUGGAGGUAUUAAUCGGGUUGGGCAGGAAAAUGAACAAGAUCCUGUUGUGGAGGAUGCCAAUAUUGAUAAUGAACAGUCAGGAGACAAUCCAAAGAAAGAACAAUCAAGAAAGUUAUCACCCCUAUCAACACUGGAGUCAUCAUUUGAAGCUCUUAAUGUGAAGAAAUUUGAUGUUGCCUUUGUUGUAGAUCCUCUUUAUCAUCAGACAUCUGCUCAGUUUGAUGAAGGUGGUGCCAAGGGUCUCCUAUUGAAUAACUUAGGGGUCUAUGGUUUCUGUCGGGUCCUUUUUGAUUCAUUGGAAGUACCUGGGAAAUGUACACCAACUGCAGUUCAAUCUGAAGGAUCAGAAGUUAUUGAUUUAUCUUUUGCUAAAGAUUGCAUCGAUGAAAUGGUAUUAAAUAUGCCCAAGAAGGAUGAAAUAUCGCCCAGUAUUAGACAUAUAAUUCAUCAAUUUGAUGAAGAUGCUUGCAGACUAUCUGAAACGUAUGUUUCUGCACAAAAUUCAACAGAACAAGAUUUUGAUACUAUUGACCAUGCUCCAGAGGCGGAUAAUGAUGUGUAUGACAAUUAUGGAGCCUGGGCUAUGGACAAUGAUGAUGAAACAAGUGUUGCAGAUCAAGCAACUUAUGAAGUUGAUCAAAGUGAACCUGGACAACAGGAGGAUGGUGAACCUCUCAACUAUCGUGAUGCUGAGAUGGAUGACAAACCUGACCAAGUUGAUGAUUACUUGUUUUUAAGCUUGGGAUUUUCUUCAAAACAGAAUUUGUGGGCUGGUCCAGAUCAUUGGAAGUAUCGAAAGGUAAAAGUUCCAGAUGUACCUGCCAAGGAAGAGGGAUCACCACCAAAGAACAAGAAAACAAAGAGCAAAAAAGCAGAGUGUGACAUUGAUUUCACAAAAGCAUUGGAUACAGAUCUGUCGCAUAUCUUUGAUCCUCCAAAAAAUCCCAAGUCUCUACUUCUGCCGGUGAACAGAGCACCUUCAAAUAGAUUACUUCCAGAAGAUUGCCAUUAUCAACCAGAGGAUCUUGUUAAGCUAUUUCUGUUACCUAACAUAAUGUGCCUAGGGAGGAGAUCAAGGAAAAGAACUGAGGAAGCGAGUCAACUGAGAGAUGAUUGUGGAGCAAUGCCAUCCUGGGAUGAUGAUUGUGGGUUUGAUGGGACGUUUGAUGAUGGUAGUGUUUGUAGUGAUGUCGAGGACCCGAGCACACUUGUCUCUCAACCUCGCCAGGUAAACAAGAUUGACAUUCAUUAUGACAAAACAUCGAAACAAGUUGAUGUUCAGGUGCUCAAGGAAACACUUUGGGACCAAAUACAAGGAUUAAAUCAAACAUCAGUCCAGCUGCAGGACGAGAGUGUAUCUUUCAAACAAGUCUUGGCAACAUUUCCAGAUGACUGCAGAGCCACAGGAUCUCAUGAUGAUAUAUCACCACAUUUGUGCUUUAUAUGCUUGUUGCAUUUGGCCAAUGAGCAUGGACUGUGCAUCCAGGGCUCUGUUAACUUGGAUGAUCUCAGAAUAAAAAUUGCAGCUCACAACAGUAGUGUCCAAGAUGCUGCUAUCUAAAACUUUUGUGACUCCCGAGUCUGCUUUUACUGUGUUGUUUAGCUGACGUAAAUUGCCACCUGACAAACUUCUGCUGUUUUUUUUUUUUGGGUUCACAAAUGGCGCAGAUCGUCUUUGUUGUAGUGCUACUCAAAUGUUUAGAUUGUAUUAUGUAUAGAUUUUUCCCAAUGUAAUGAUAUUAAUGGGAUUGCACUUCCUAUUAUCACAUGUAUUUAAGUUUGGCUUAUUAUUAUACGGAGUAUUAAUUAUUUAACA